AUGUUGAUCGCAAUAAUUUCGUCGUUGACGAUUGUUGGAUUUCUUCUUGGAUUAAUUGCUACGCGAUAUUUUACACACCGGAAACGACGUCAAUGCGAUUUGAAGAAUUCGACAUAUAGCCUUUCAAGUUGCGAUCGGCGAAAAUUUGCAUCGAUGUCCUUCGAUAGUCUCGUUCCGUCACCUCCAGUCAAAUCCAGUCUACAGACUAAUACAGAAGUUAAUGAAACGAGUCGAAUCAUCAAAAGUUCAUUUUCAUGGCCUGAAGGAACAUUGCCACAUCAUCAACAACAAGAACAGCAACAAGGAAAAGAUGAUUGUUUAUCAACAAUCUCGAAUUCAUCGACAAUGGAACAGAUCUAUCAAUCGGCAUCGUUGACAUUUACUUUACGAUGGGAUCCAAAUCUACAAUCAUUAUUUGUUCGAAUUCUCAAUGCACGAGAUCUUCUUGUCUACCGUCGAAAUCGACAACCGGCUAUCAUCGAUUCCUACGUUCGAAUCGAACUUAUCGCAACAAAAUCUGACCAGACACAAGAACUAUUACAAUCCAUGCGUACUCAUAUUAUCAAGAAGAACUCCAAUCCCGUUUACGACGAACUGUUCGAAUUUCCGAAUCUUCAUCAAACGAAUCUUUCCUUACUUUUCACAAUACUGACAUACGAUACAUUCACGCGUGAUGAAAUUCUUGGCGAAGUCACAUUUCCUGUCAUUUUACCGGAUGGAAUAACAGAAAAUGCUCUUGAAUCAACGGAAACGACAUUUAUACGCGAUAUUACACCGCGCCAUAAACAGUUAAAUAAUCAACAACUUGGUCAGAUGCUUAUCUCGUUGUGUUACCAACCCACGGAUAGUACAAUAACAUUAAUUGUUUUAAAAGCAUCUAAUUUACCGCGUAUCAGCACCACGAGAUUAAUCAAUCCAUAUUUCAAGAUCUACAUGUUCUACAAAGGACAACGGAUUGUGAAAAAACGAAGUACCAUCAAACGAACGACACAGUGUCCUGUUUAUAACGAAUGUUUCACCUUUCAUCUCCCAGAUAACGAUUUACGAAAUAUUUAUUUCGACAUUAUUCUUUUCGAUUACGAUCAUCACAUGAAACACGAACCCAUCGGAACAUUUUCAAUUGGAAAUAACACUGGCGAAACAAAUCAGCAUUGGCUCGAUGUGUGCCAACGACAGAUCAGCAAGCAGAUAGCUCAGUGGUAUCAAUUAAAGCCAUUCAAUGUAUUAAACUAUUAA